CGUUUUCGCUCUAUCUUCACCUUCCUCCACAACCUUGACAAUGGCGGAUAAAGCUCCUGAACUAGGAAAAAGAGAAAAGGCACCAGCAUUGUCACAGUCUGCUAGAGCCGGACUUCAGUUCCCCGUUGGUCGUAUUCAUCGUUAUUUGAAGGAGAGGAGCCGAAACAAUGCACGUGUGGGAGCCAAGGCUGCGGUAUAUUCUGCAGCUAUUUUGGAAUAUUUAACAGCAGAAGUUCUGGAAUUGGCUGGUAAUGCAACCAAGGACCUCAAAGUCAAGCGUAUUACACCUCGGCAUCUUCAGCUUGCUAUCCGUGGUGACGAAGAGUUGGAUUCAUUGAUCAAGGCUACCAUUGCUGGAGGUGGUGUGCUUCCGCAUAUUCACAAGAGUCUCAUCGGGAAGACCAAGGGUCAAAAGAAGGUGUAAUUUACUCAUUUUUUGGUCAGCAGCGCUAUGUUUUCUCAGUUCCUUCAUCCUGUAAAUUCGUGGGUACUACUUAUUCCCUGUUUCUCCAUUUUUUCUUGAUAGUUUUAUUAAAUAUUUUUUUUUCUACCUUUUUUUUUUUUUUUUUUAAUUGCUUAUAGCCAUUCAUAUCGUUCUAAAGUUUCUAGUUAGCAACUAUGCUGUUGUGUGUGUUUUG